AUGAGCUAUUCCAAUCCCGAUUCAAAGGGUCUUGACCCGGCCGUGCUGAGAGACCGGCUUUUCGAACACUGGCGCAGAAACGAUCUGCAGACGUUCCAUUUGGAAGCGCAGGAGGGAUUUUCAGAGCUGAACGAACCCCUCGACGCCUUCCUAACGAUCUUAGAAGGCUCUCCGACAAAACAGAAGGCCAGGGGCCACACACUGGUGGCACUGGUAUUCAAGGAAUUCCAGAGAUGGCUUCGGGAACACCCGCAGGUUUCGUUGACUUCACUUCCAGAGCAGCAAGCGACGGCCCUCAAGCAUCGUGCGCUUUCCCUUCUUAGCGACACUCAGACUAACUUUGUGGAAGGUAUCAUAAAUAUCUACCAACUGACCUCCCUGGACCCAGCUACCCUGCGACUGCACAUCAUGAAGUUGCUGGCCCUCAAAUACCACAAGGAGGCGGCAGUGCUCGGUAUGAGGCUGAAUUUGCAGAAUGAACUCAAUGUGGAGGAGGUAUGCGUGCCGCUCAUCUUUCAGGAUAAGUUGUCCCUAGCUGAGAGCUUUGUCAAGGGACACGUUCAUCUACAACAGCAACUGGUCUCUCUACUGGACUCGUGGUGCCACCCCGACUUCUCGGUGAAAGACAUGAUGAGCAAGCGCUUUCCUCACCUUCCCAUGUCCAGACAAAGUCUCGCUCAUAUCCAGCCCAAAAUGCUGACCAAACAUGUAUUUCGGCUUGCGGAGAAAUUCCACGUUGACCAACGGUUGUGUCCCAACGCCUUACGCAAGAGGAGACGGGAUACACUUCGGUUCCUCAUGUUCAAGAGAUUUGUAGAGAAAAGCAUGACAGAGGAGAAUUGGAGUGAUCACGUUCAGACCGUACUGGCGGAUGACCUUGAGCUCCAAAUUCUGUUGGUGGAGAUGUUGCUGAACUACGGCGGACUUGAAAAAGCAGCUCAAUGGUCACGGAGAUACAGCCUUCCCCGGCACAGACUGCCUUAUGGAGUCUGGAAUGCCCAGCGGAGUUUAUCACCCGAGUUACAAUACCCGAGCAAUUUGACAGGCAAUGAGGAGUGGAUGCCAUCCGGGCCUGACGGUGAGAAAUUCUACCAGGUACCUCUCGCCAAAGAGAAUGUUCAGCAUGUGGACACCCCGGAAGCACUUCAAAGUUGUCGUGACAUUCUCCUCAAGGAAGGUGUUGUAGUAGGAGUUGAUAUGGAGUGGCAACCCACAUUUGGCUGUGUCUCCACGGCGCAGAAACUUGCCCUGAUACAGCUGGCUACUUUUGACGCCGUUUUCCUAAUAGACCUGUGCGCAAAUGGAUUUUGUCAACAUCCAGAGACAAUUACGUUCAUUCGAAGUUUAUUCUCUCGACAAAAUGUCCUUAAAGUGGGUUACGGCAUGGCUGGAGAUCUCAAGUGUCUCAUGUGCACCUGGCCCCAAUUAGUGGAGGAGCCAUUGAAAAUAGAAGGGAUGCUGGAUCUUCUUAAUGUACACCGAAAGAUCCAGUGUAGCAAGGUGAAGAGUUCCCGGCGCGGCCCGAGAGAGGUGCUGGUCGGAGAGGACUCGUCGGAGAAAGGCCUUAGUCUGUUAGUGCAACAGGUCCUGGGAAAGGCCCUGGACAAGACGGAGCAAAUGUCCAACUGGGAGAAGCGGCCUCUGCGCGUUAGCCAAAUCAGAUAUGCAGCGACCGAUGCUUACUGUUUAUUGGAUGUAUAUUCUGCCCUCUCUGUUAACCCGACCGACUUCGGCCUUCCGAGUGAUCUACGCGCCAUCUCGAUAAGACAAGAUGAGAAGAAUGGCGUUUCGAAGCAGAAGGAAAAAAAUAACAAGAAAAUGAAAGAGGAAUGUCAGGGGGCUCAAUGGGUCGGUCCCCCUCGCUCCGGCCUCCUGCGCGGUGGCAAGGAUAGCCCCGAAGACCCCCCUCUGGCCCCCCAGCAGUUGCGGGUCGUGUGUGACAACAUGCUGCAAGGCCUCGGGAGGUACUUGCGCUGUUUAGGAGUCGAUGUGGUGAUUUUGGAGAAUACUGACGACCACAGAAUAGCCGCAAAGUUAGCACAAGAUGAGUAUCGUAUUAUACUCACAUGUGGACAACCGUACCAGACUUUGAGGUCUCAGGUGGGCGAAGGCCGCUGUCUGUCCCUGGACUGCUCGGAAAAAGCCCGAGACCAAGCUAUUCGAGUGCUCAAACACUUCAAUGUCCGGCCAACUACUUGUGAUGUAUUUAGCCGCUGCCAGGCAUGUAACAGUGAUCAAUAUCUGGCACUAUCCAGGCAUGACAUUAUCAGGAUGCUUAAACAGAAAGGAUUUCUGCAAGCGACGACAGCGACUGAGGAGGAACCACUUGAGGCGCUCCAACUUCCCAGGUAUGGUCCUCAGUGUCACUGGGCCUCUCUAGCCGAUCUGGACCCCGUGACUCUCAGCUUUCCCGGGGGGGCACCCGUACAGCUUCACACCAUACCGUUGACCCUGGUGCCCAGGGUAGCGCACUAUUUUGUCUGUACGCGAUGUGGAAAGGUGUUCUGGGAGGGCUCUCACUUUGGCCGCGUUCUUUCCAUGUUUCAAGAGAUCUUUCGUAUUACAGAAGAAGGCACAGAAUCAACUUAA